UCUCCAUGAGAGCAACUGUUGCUAUGUGCGGAGCUGACUGCCAGGAGCGUUCAGAUGGUUGAUGUGCGGCUUGGUGUAUUUUCUCGCACAGAAUGAUCGAAGCGGCCGGGGAAGGACGUGUGCUCAGCGCCAGUGGUGCGCAGCACAGCGCUGCUUCAAACGGAUCACCCCUCCCCAUCCAGCUUCAGCCUUUGACACUCGACUCAACAAAUCACUUUCUCAGCCCGGAGGUUUGCCAAGGUUUCGAUCCAGAUUCGUUCUUGCUAUCGCGAAGAUUAGCGACCUGCGUCCCGCCUGUUGGAAAUACUCAAAGCGGCUUGACAAAUGGUGCCUUGCAACAGCAGGUUGCACUGCAAGACUUGCACAGUAUCCUCGCCGAGUUGCGAGGCCAUGGCGAGCUUCUACAAGACGAACUCAAGGAAGUCAUCAAUAGACACUAUCGUGAAUUUGUCGGGCUAGCUAGUGAAAUUCGAUCUGAAUCACAUCGCAUCAGCCGGCUGGCUUGGCAGACUUCCGUUUCAGACAAUGGACCGGACGCCCGGGCCCUUGUAGGCGGCCUCGGUACUUCUGAAAUAAGGCAAAGAGUGCAGAUCGUGCGCACUGCAUUACACAGCGUGGAGGAGGAAUUACUCGCCGUCCUCGACGAUCGCCACGCGACAAUUGCUCUGGAAAGAGACCUGCUUGCACUUUUGGAACUUGACGCAGCGGCAGGAAGACUAGAACAUGUGCUUGGCCUGUCCAAGUCGCCUACCACCGAACCUCAUCGGCUGGACAGCCUUGCAGUACAGCUGCAGCACGCGCAAGCCGAACCAAUUUCGUGCACAGACGAAUAUCUGUACGUUGAUUCAGAUGAGACUACAAAAAAAGCUGUUAUCUUUCUCGAAAAGGGACCCCACCCAAAGUCACCCCCACCAGCUCCUGAGCAACUGCAUCAGACGUCGAGCACAGUGAGCCUCCCAAGCCCGAGGGCACUGUGUGAGUCGUUGAAACAAUAUCAAGAUUUAAGGCGACUCCUCGCUGCAGCUUCUCCAACUGCGGAUUCGCACGUUCUGUCUUCCAACUUUCUCGCAACGCAGUCCCUUCGCCUCGCGAAAGUACAAGAAAAACUAUCGGAGGAAGCUGAGCUGCUUCUGACAGCACUGCUUAGCUGCGAGGACGGCAGCUUGUUGGUGAACCAUAGCUCGGAGAAUACCUGGAAGAACAGUCCCUUGGCACAACACACAGACAGAGGCAAUGACGCACUGGACCGCCGGAAGGCCGAGCAGGAAGAUUGGUUGAGCCUAUGCAUCGAUGCACUCGCCCACACUGCCGGCAAAGACCGCUCCGUAGGCCUCAAAUUGACGGCCUCCCUGAUUCGAGAGACUCUUGUUCAACCCGCUCUUCUGCGAAACAUUUCUGUUGAAGCACUAGGCAGAACAAAUGCUGUGCCGCUUGAGCAUGACUCUGCUUGGGACCUCGUCGGCGUGGACUUGGACUCCACCCUGGGAAAAUUCUACGGACGUCUGCUCUCCGUAAUUAAACUAGAGCUACUUCCAAUAGCCACCAGUGCCCGAGAGAGAGUUGAUAUUUUUGGCAAAGUUAUUUGGCCGGACACAUUACAGGUGCUGAUGGACACACUGGGGUCUCAAAUCUUCUUUGUCGGACGACCUGAGACAUUUCACUCCAACUACCGAAUAUCUAAAGCCUUCCUGCGAGCCUUUGUCAGCCUGGCGCCAUUUUCAGCCUCUUGCCAAGCUGCAUUAGAGCACCCUACCCAUGAAGCAUUCAACAAGCGAUGGCAAUUGUUGAUUUACUUCCAGAUGCGCCAACGCCAAAUCAUCACGUCUCUCGAAAACGAGCUGGGGAAUGCAUCAAAAUUGAAUGAAUUUUUCGGGGACAACAAGCCACUGAUGCGCGGAACGGAAGCAACACUCGCGUCCUUUGCGACUCCUUGGAGUGCGGAUGUUCAUCUCGACGAUCUGCUGCUCCAGCAAUGGCGGCUCAGCUUGCAAAUUUGCAGUCGAUACAAGACUUGGCUGUACAGCAUUCUACCUGAUAUCUCUGGCGAUAACGAGGAGCCGACAAAGAACGCUGCUUCGGAUACUCGUAAUCCCAGUGGUGCAGGUGCAGGCCUUCUUGCCUCGGGCGGUGCCUCGCCUCCUGGCGGCGUCACACCAGCUGUUCCACCGAAUACGGACACAACCGUUGAAAAUGAACGCAAAGCCCUCACAACAAAUUCCAUCAUCAUUGCAGCAGAUCUGUUGCUCUUAGAGCGCGAGCUCCUGACAUCGUUCGAGAAUCAAGUCGGCCCAAGGUUGCGAGCUUUAGGUGACAAUGCGGAUGGAAUUACAACACAACUACGCGCGAAGCUCAGGCAAGCGCUCUCUUUCAAGCAGUUUCUCGUUCCCGCCCUGAUCAGGUCGAUCAAGCGCGUCGUCGCUGCUCAAUGUGCAGAACCGAUACGCCUGGUUCGACAAGUCUCGACACAGUACCGUUCCGGAACAAGCUCCCCCAUGGGCCACUCGCGAUCGUCAUCAUCGUCGCAAGUUGAACCCAGCUUCUUCGUUCCACACAUUUUCGUUCCACUGAGACAGUUGUUUGUGGCUGCUCCCAACGCGAACACGAGUCCAGGCCAUGAAAAUGGCGGGCUUGCCGCAAUUGCCGCCGGUCGACUAGACAUUGACAUGAAAAAAGACAUUUUCCUCUCUACAGUGGAAGAGACAGUCGACAAGUACGCUUCGGCGCUCUUUACGAUGAACCAGACACAUGAAUCUUUGCGUCGCCUCAAGCGUAGCAAUCAGGCCCUCGGUUUCGCGUCUUCCAUCUUCGGUUCCAGCUCUAUGAGUAGCAAAAGCACAGAAACCGAGGUGACCAGGAUGAAGAUCCAAAUGCAAGCCGAUGUCCAGGCUCUCAAAGCUGAUCUUAUCGGCAUUGCCGAUGCUGCUGGGGUGGACCUCAAGCCUGACGAGAUGGACAGCUGGAAGCGGCUCCUCGCUGCGGCAGCCGGUGCUCCCGAAGAUGUAUCAUAACCCGUGAGGGAACCCUGGGAAAGAUGUAUCGUUGUGGCACCCAAAUGCGCCGUGUUACUCUCUCCUACUGACCAAGGUGCCGUCAAAAGUCGA